AUGGCCCCCUCUCCCGGAGUUCUCCUCUCCGUCGUGGGCCUCUUGCUUAUGGGGCGGGGCUGGACAGACAACGAAGCCGCUUGGGCGCCCCGGGCCCCUGCGCCUACUUCUCCGACCUGGGCAUGGGGCGUUCAUCGUCAGAGUCUGCCAGCCCCCAUUGGGCGACGUACCCGCCGCCGAUUGACCACAGCCUUGAACACCAUGUGGGCGGGGCGGGUGCUUGGAUCUCCUGCUUGGAAACGGCCUCUCCGCCGAACUUGGGGCUACCGUGGUGUUCGGGUGGGUGAGGCUCGGCAUCCUGGCCCUUCUGCACCCGGCUCACCGCUUCAUCCGGCCAUCCAACGUUGCCGCGCACACAGCCCUGACAGUGGCGGCGACAGGCACCCUCUCCGACGCCGGGUUGCCGAGCCAGGGGUCGCUGUCCGCUGCUUUUGCCCUGUUCCCGGCUGCGGCCACGGAGAUGCUAUGCGGGCUGCCGGCUGGGCCUCCCACGAAGGCAUGCGUCACCACUUGGAUGACCACUGCUCUGGCACGCUGACUGGGGCUGUACCGGCGGAAUAUCUCCAGGCCCACCGGCUUGACUUGUGCUCGGUCUGCGGGCUCCUUGUUGGCCGCCGAUACAACGGACCCAGGCCUCCCAGCUUCAGCACCAUCAUGGGCCACACCGCGCCCACGUUGCGACAUGUCCCCCAUGUCGCCCGGGCGGCCUGGGCCCAAUGCCUUGCUCGUGCCGUGGCUGCGGCGGCUACUACCAACACAGGGCCUGCCUGGCAAGAGUUGCUUAUGCUGCCUAAAGCUGUUCUUGCAGCUCCUCUGCGAGGCGGCGGAGGGCACCACAAGCAAGCGGCGCUCUCCACACUCAGACGUUGCCAGCGGUGGCUGGCUGGCGAACGCAUGGAGCUGUGGGAUGAGUUAGUGCAGCCCCGGCCGGCACGCGCCAGAGCUGAUGGCGUGGAAUUGGCUGCCCAGCAUACACGCUGCUGCGCACUGGCGGCAGAAGGCGAAUUGUCUCGAGCAUGCGCUGCUUUGACGGAGCCUCCUCCACUGCCACCUUCACGGGCAACAUUGGAAGCUUUAGCCGCCCAACACCCCCAGGCUGCUCCUCCGGACGUGGCUCAGCUUGGGCCGGCCCGUCCGGCCGCAGUGCCUGAAGUGACCAAAGAGAACGUUGUCCGGGCAGUGCGCAGCUUUUCCCGAGCUUCGGCUCCUGGACCCUCCGGCCUCCGGGCAGACCAUCUGCAGGAAACGCUGUCCACCGCUCACGGCGAUGAGGUGGCUUCCCACCUGGUUGCUUUGUGUCAGCUGCUAGCGCGUGGAGAGCCUGCGCUUGUGGCCCCCCACUUAGCCGGCGCACGCCUUCACGCCCUCCCCAAGAAACAGGGCGGCGUACGCCCCAUUGCAGUUGGUGAGACUCUGCGUCGCUUGGUGAGCAAGGCGCUUUGCCAAGCUGUGCGGGAGGACGCUGUCAACCACUUUUGCCCCUUGCAGGUUGGGGUCGGGGCACGCAUGGGAGCAGCUUUCGACCUGCUUGGGGCCCCUAUUGGGGACAGUGAGUACUGCACCCAAGCCACUCUUUCCGACAAGGUGCAGAAAGCUGGGAAGGUUUUGGACGCGUUGGGCGAGCUUGACAACCCACAAGUCAGUUUGCAAUUGCUGCGGCACUGCGCGUCCUUCACCAAGCUUGUGCACAACAUGCGCACCACCCCCGCUGGGCUCCACAGUGCAGCACUGGCGGCCUUCGAUGGAAAAGCGCGCGCCUGCCUCGAAUCCAUUGGCUGCUUCCCAGUUCCAGACCGGAUCUGGCAACAAGCGACUUUGGGCGUUAAGCACGGGGGGCUGGGCCUUCGACAAUGCGCCGUUCAUGCUACAGCUGCUUACCUUGCUUCUGUGGCUACCACGCAAGAAGCAUGUCGAGGUUUAGAUGGGCGGUACAACCCGGACUGGCCAACUUCCUCUGCGACUGCUGCAACCUACAAUGCAGUUGUCCUGGAAGCGGAUCGCUUCCGUGGUGACCAAGCCCAUCGCCAGCAAGCCCUCUCAGCUGCUUUAGACAAAGCGCAACUGGCGCAGCUGCUGGUGACUGCAGAGGACGCCAGUGGCCGAGCCCACCUUCAACUACUCCAGCAGCCGGCAGCGGGGGCAUGGCUGUUGGCCCGCCCAUCUCCGGCCCUUGGCCUUGACUUGGUUGAAAAGAUGGGGCUUUUGCCGGAACGACCCGAGGAACUUGGAGCUAGUGAGGUCGGCCGGCCCUCCGUUUCCCAGCGAAGACCUGCAGAUGUGUACUUACCCAACUGGGGGGCCUAUGGACCUGCCGCCAUGGACCUUGCAGCCACCAGUGGUAUGCGGGGCUCAGUGUUGGCCACCUCUGCUGGCGACGGGGCUUCGGCAGCUGCAAACUACGAGAUCCGAAAAAAGAUCCACCACAAUACUGCCCAGCUGUGUGCUGGACAAGGCUUACAGUUCAUCCCGCUGGUGGUUGAAGCCUGCGGCGGCGGGUGGGGCCCGACCGCCGUUGCCACCUUCCGAAAACUGGGCGCUUUGCACGCUUCUCGACUUGGGAUGUCUGCGAGUGAUGGGGCCGAACAACUUUUCCAAGCUUUGUCUGUUGCCCUGCAACGUGAGAACGCGCGGGCCGUCCUCCGACGGCUCGCUGAGUCCUCUGACAGUGUGCCAUCCUUGGCCGAGCCUUGA